GCCGCCGCUGCCCGCCCGCGGAGCGGCGCCGGGGGAUGCAGGCGGCGGCGGGAGCUCGGGGAGCAGGUCCGGGCCCCGCGGGAGAGGGCGCAGUCAUGGUGCCGCAUCCCGGCCAGGAGCCCGCCCGUGGCUAGAGCCGGCCGCGGCCGGAGAGCUGCGGCGGGGCACCCUCAGCCUGAGGGCAUCCCUCAGCCUGAGCGCCUCCCCGCGCGCCCCCGGCAUGGAGCCGGGCGGCCUGGAGUGGCUGCUGGUGCCCAUGCAGCAGCUGGUGUCCUGGGGCGCCGCGGGGGCCAUGGUGUUCGGCGGCGUCGUGCCCUACAUCCCACAGUACCGGGACAUUCGGCGGACCCAGAACGCGGAGGGCUUCUCCACCUACGUCUGCCUGGUGUUGCUGGUCGCAAACAUUCUGCGCAUACUUUUUUGGUUUGGAAGGCGUUUUGAAUCCCCUCUUUUGUGGCAGAGCAUUAUAAUGAUCAUUGCAAUGUUACUGAUGCUGAAACUGUGCACUGAGAUUCGUGUGUCCAAUGAGCUGAACGUGAAACGCCGCUCUUUUGCAGCUGCAGAUAGUAAGGAUGAAGAAAUCAAAGCACCACCCAAGAGAUCCUAUCUGGAUUUUGACUUGAACUAUUUUUGGCAUUGGAGCAAGUUUACAGACUACGUGCAGUGCGUCCUCACUUUCACUGGUGUGACUGGUUACAUCACUUACCUGUGGCUGGACUCCUCCCUCUUUGUGGAAACGCUGGGCUUCCUUGCUGUGUUCACUGAGGCCAUGCUGGGCGUCCCCCAGCUGUACCGCAACUACCAGAACAGAUCGACAGAAGGCAUGAGUAUCAAGAUGGUGCUGAUGUGGACCAGUGGGGACACGUUCAAGACUAUUUACUUCAUCCUGAAUCAGGCCCCUUUCCAGUUCUCCAUCUGUGGACUCCUGCAGGUAUUUGUGGACAUCGCAAUCCUGUUGCAGGUUUACUUGUACAGCCACUACCCUCAGAAGCCCGUGUCCCACACUGCACACCCAGCCAGCACUAAGGCCCUGUGAGGAACUUGGCUGAGCAGGUUGCAGGUCAGCAGAGCCAGCCACGGCAUCUCUUCUUCCACUUGUAAAUACUCCUGUGUUGCCAAGUUGAAAGCAGAAAUGAGAACAAGGAUGGAAAACACGGCUGCACGUCCAGCUCGGGAGGUUCUCUGUUAAAUAACUUGAUCUGUUUUCAGACUUAGCUGUACAGAACUGUUUCUUGGUGGGGGGAGGGGCACUUUAUUUUUGCAUACGUACCUAUAAGCCUUAUUAAUUCACAAAUGUUUGUAUAUUUAAUCACAAGGGCUGGAUGGUUUGUGUUUUUAAUGCUAUUUAAAAAUGUUACACCACAGAAAUUAUAGGAUAUUUUGUCUGAAACUUCUACCUAUUUAUAUAAUAGAAUGUCUGUAUAUGGUGGGAAGUUUUUGGCAUAUACUAGCAUUCAGUAUCUCCACGAUGGAGGAAGCAGUAUU